AUGUCCACCUUUGACUUCGUCAUCGUCGGAAGUGGCCCAUCUGGUUGCGCUCUUGCUGCUGGCCUAGCCGACUCUGCCGCAAAACCCCGUGUCCUGCUCCUGGAAGCAGGUGACAGUAAUGAAGAUCGCAACCUCCGCGUUGAUGGUCAACGAUGGAUAACUUUUCAGAACCAGUCCCUGAAUUGGGGGUACAAGACAAUCCCGCAGAUCGACUGUAACAACCGCGAAAUUGACUUCAGUCGGGGCAAGUGCAUAGGCGGGUCAAGCGCCAUUAACUUUGGUGUAUAUAGCGUCGGUCCACGCGACGACUAUCAGGAGUGGGCGAGAAUCGUGGGUGAUGAUUCGUUCGCCUGGGGCAAUAUCCAGCGAAGGUUCAAAGAGCUUGAGACUUUCCACGAGGAGCUUCCUGAUGGCGUGGCAAAGAAGUAUGCCGAUCCGAUUAUGGAAAAUCAUGGAAGCAAAGGGCCGUUGCACGUAGGUUAUGCCCGAGAGUGGGAAAAGGAUUUGACAGAGCUUUUGGAUGUCUUUGAGGAGGCUGGGUUUCCGUUGAAUCCUGACCAUAAUUCGGGCAACCCAAUUGGAAUGUCGGUGUUGAUCAACUCGGCCCAUAAGGGUCUGCGAUCAACUGCGGGGGAUCUGGUCAAGCAGAAGCUGGAUAAUUUGACCAUUAUCACCGGAGCACCCGUUCAGCGUGUCCUCUUGGACGGGCUCAAGGCUGUUGGCGUGGAGUCUAAUGGCACAAAGUACCAUGCCACGAAAGAAGUCAUUCUUAGCGCCGGUGCGUUGAAUGACCCUCGUAUUCUCAUGCACUCGGGCAUCGGCCCCGCAGCUCAGCUCGAAGAGCACAAUAUCCCUGUCGUCCUUGACGUCCCCGCCGUUGGUCAGGGACUCCGUGACCACUACUUCGUGCCGAUGGUCAACACACGCUCAGGAACGAGCACGGGACGGAAGGCUUUUUACGGUGACAAGACUGCCAUGGAUGCCGCACUAAAGCAAUGGCAAGAAGAUGGAACAGGACCCUGGGCCAAGUUUGCCUGCGAGUUGGGUAUUGGCUGGUUUAAGCUGACCGAGCAGCUCGUUUCAUCACCGGAAUUCAAGGCCCUUCCCAGGGAGGAACAGGAAUAUCUUCUCCAGGAAACAGUGCCGCACUACGAGAUCAUCACUCACUUCCCUGUACACUGGUUUAUCCCGGAUUUCCCCUCCGAGGCCUUGAACUACUCCUGUCUAGUUGUCUUUCUCUUCAAUGCGCAAACUCGUGGAGAAGUCACCCUACAAUCGUCCGACCCUGACGCUCCCCUAUCCUUUAACCCCAGGAUGCUGUCUCAUCCAUUCGACCGCCGUCUUGCAAUUGAGGCUCUACGGGACUCUUUCCGUAUUGCCAAGCACGAGUCCUACACCAAGGAUAACGUAGCCGAGAUGGCAAUGCCCAAGGGCGAAUCAGACGAGGAACUGCUGGAGUACUGGCGGCAGAACAUCUCUGCUAGCUGGCACAUGACGGGGACAGUGAAAAUGGGCAAAAAGGGGGAUGUUGACGCGGUGGUGGAUCGGGAUUUCAAGGUCACGGGCAUUGAGAAUCUGCGUGUAGCAGACAUGGGUGUCGUGCCGGUCCUGGUGAAUGCGCAUACCCAGGCUGUUGCGUAUGUCACCGGAGCAACUUGCGCGGAGAAGUUGAUUCAUGAGUAUAGCCUUGCUUAA